AUGGCCUCAGGUUCAACAGAACCAGAGCCUGCGGGGAUGCUAGUACCAAAGAGGAACUGCACAUCAGCCGUGUGGGAAUAUUUUGGGUUUAAAAGAGAUGAUGUCGCACAGAGUCAGGUACUGUGUAAAACCUGUCUUGGUAGAGUUUCUACAUCUCGGGGAAACACUACGAAUUUGUACCAGCACCUUAAGACUCAGCACAAAACAGAGUAUGAUAGAUGUAUGGCUAAAAAAUCUAGUAGUGUGCAGAAUAAACCUAGUAACGUUACUCGGCAAGGAUCACUGACCGAACUGUUUGAAGGUGUUACGCCAUAUGAACGCACUUCAAAACGGCACAUGGAAAUCACCAAAGCAGUAACCCACUGCAUCGCGAAAGACAUGAUGCCCGUCAAUACGGUGACCAAGCCUGGGUUCAAUAAUUUGGUAACUACACUGGAUAAGAGGUACAGAAUGCCCUCCCGCACGUAUUUCAGUCAGACUGCAAUACCCGAGCUACAUGUGCAAUGUAGGCGGAGGGUUGCAGCAGAGUUAAAGGCUGUUGAGUUUUUUGCGGCGACAACAGACAUGUGGUCAAGCCGUACAGCAGAGCCCUAUCAAAGUCUGACGGUGCAUUACAUUACCGAAGACCUCCACCUCGAAGCUCGCAGCCUACAAACGGCCUACUUCCCCGAAGACCACACAGGGGAAAACACUGCUGCUGGCCUGAGAGAGGGGCUUGCGUGUUGGGAUCUCCCUGAAGACAACCUUGUCUGCAUAACGACGGACAACGCGUCAAAUAUGGUGAAAGCAGCACAGCUGAACGAAUGGACCAGGCUCCAGUGUUUCGGACACAGAUUACAUCUUGCUAUUGAAAAUGCAAUCAAAGAUGGUAGAGUAUCAAGAGCAAUUGGGCUGUACAAGAAGUUGGUGGGGCACUUCUCGCACAGUUGGAAGAAAAAGGCAGCACUCACUGAGGCACAGAAGGAGCUUAAGCUUCCUGAGCACUCUCUCAUUACUGAGUGCCCUACAAGAUGGGGGUCCAAAGAGAAAAUGAUUGCCAGAGUGCUGGAACAGAUGAAAGCCAUAUCGCAGGUAUUGACAGGUGACCGACAUGCACGCUCCCUCAUCCCAACCUGGCAGGAUGCUGAAGUGUUGGAGUCCAUUCAUAAGGCACUGCAUCCUCUCUCCGAAUUUACUGAUGCUCUUUCUGGAGAAGAGUAUGUGAGCAUCUCCUACCUCAAGCCAGUUCUCCAUCUUCUGGCAACAUCAGUCUUGGCUGAAGAUGCUGAGGACACUGAUCUGACUAGAUCAAUUAAAACCAAGGUCCUGGCAUACCUCAACGACAAGUAUAGUGACCUCAACACCCAGGAGCUUUUGGAUGUUGCGUCGUUCAUGGACCCUAGGUUCAAAACGCAAUACAUCAGCGCAGACAACCUUCCUGCCAUUAAGGCCCGACUGAAGACAGAAAUGGUGGAAUCGGCUAGACGUACACAUAAUCAGGAGAAGAGGUCUCGCACUGAAACUGCUCAAAAUUCUCCAAGUGCACAGGCCUCUGGGGGAAAGGCAAAGAAGACUCUUGGUAGUCUUUUUAAAACCAGUGCGGCCUCUUCAGCUUUGCCUCUGCCACUUGAAGAUGUCGUGGAGGCAGAGUUGAAUAGUUACCUGUUGACCCCUGUCAUUGACGGAGAGGAUGAUCCCUUAGCCUGGUGGAAGGUGCACAACAUUCACUUUCCACGACUGUGCAAGAUGGCCCGCAAAUAUCUGUGUGUGCCAGCCACAAGUGCCCCCUCAGAGCGUCUGUUCAGCACUGGAGGGAAUAUAGUGACCUGCACUCGCUCAUCCUUAAAGCCAGCAAAAGUAGAUAUGCUGGUCUUCCUAGCAAAAAACCUGUGAGCUAGGAUGAUUAUGGCUAGCUGAGCCAUACUCAUUGUGCACUUUAGUUUGUGCUGUGUUGCUGUUACUUACUGCAGAUAAUCAAGAUGUUCAGCCAGUUUUAAUUUAAAGGCGUGUUUGUGUGUGUGUUUAUACAAUUGCUAUUAUGUUUGCACUUUAUGUGUAAUGUUACUGACUGCAGAGAUCAGUAAGAU